ACGACAUGCGACUGCUAAGACCUGCGACUGCUACAGGCCUCUAAUGGUGCUGAAUCUGCUGCUACUACACUUGAGAGAAAAUCAGACAUAUAGGAUGGACAUGGGGAGAGAAUAGAGAUCCCAAUAAUAAAUCUUUAGUGUGGUGUUUUUUUUGUGAUAAGAAAAUGUCUGGAGGGAUUUACUGUCUUAAAGAACACCUUGCCCAGGUUAAGGGAAAUGUUUCUUCUUGUAACAAGGUAACCAAUGAAGUGAUGAAGAUAGCUGCAAAAUCAUUGCUUGAAAAAAAAUCUGUCAAGGCUAAGAAAGCUAGAGUUGACAGUAUCAUUGAGAGGGAAAAUGCUUUCUUGGAUGAGGAUGAUGAAUUCGAGCUUGGUGAUGAUGGUGAUGGCGGAACUGAAGGUGGACACACAGUUUCAACCUUUACAACUGGGCAAGGCAGUGGCACAAUUGCUUCUAAGACAAGAAUUAAACAAUCUUAUGUUAGAGGAUCACUGGACACCUUAUUAAAGCCCGACCAUGAGAAGAUGAAACAAUCAACGUUGGAUAAAACUAAUCCAACUAAGCUGAAAUUAAAGGAGAUUGCUUGGGAUAAAUUUGCAGAGUGGGGAUAUGAGGUCGGGUUAGCUUUUAAUGCCGUUAGAACACCAAGCUUUCAGGCCUUUAUUCAUGCCGUUGGAGAUUACGGAAGAGGUAAAUAGUUCCAUAAUAGCCUUAAUUUUUAGUCCAAAAAACUGAAAUUUUAUUCUUAAUUUCUUUUCAUUUCUUUUCCAGGUAUGUCAGCACCCACUUAUCAUCAAUAUCGCCAUACUCUGUUGAACAAGCAGCUAGUCAAAACAAAAGAAUUUGUUGAAUCAUUCAAAGCAUACUGGAAGACAUAUGGAUGCUCUAUUAUGUCUGAUUUUUAGACAGAUGGUAAAGGAAGGUCUUUGAUCAACUUUUUGGUAAACUGUCCAAAAGGAACAGUUUUUUUGAAGUCGGUUAACGCAUCUGAGCAUGUAAAAGAUGCAAAUCUCAUUGUGGGGUUGAUUAAUGAGAUUAUUGAACAUGUGGGAGAGGAGAAUAUAGUUCAGGUGAUCUAUUUUUAAUUCUAAAUCUAUUGUCUAUACAUUAACUAAUAGUCAGAUAUUAAUUAAUACUAAUUUCAGUUUUUUCUCAUGUUAAAUAAUAGUUCAUCACCGAUAAUGGAUCUAACUACAAGGCAGCGGGGAGGAUUUUAGAGGAACAACAUCCUAAGAUGCUUUGGACCCCUUGUGCUGCACAUUGUGUGAACUUAAUGUUGCAAGAUCAUGGUGAUAAGUUGCCCAAGCCUCGUCGAGGUUUAUGCACAAAAAACCGGCCAUAAAAAGUGCUUUACGUGAAGGUAAAGCAAUGGUUGUUUAUAUAUAAAACCAUGGGAGGAUAUUGAGCCUAAUGCGAAAGUUAACAAGCGGGAGAGAGUUGCAUAGAUCAUGUGUAACCAGGUUUGCUACUGCGUUUUACACUCUUAAGAGUAUUUGGAAGAAUAGGUGUCAUUUGCAAGUUGUAUUUGUUUCUGAAAAAUGGAUCAACAGUGAGUUUGCAAAGAAGGCUGAUGGAAAAAAAAAAUGCAAGAAUAGUGGCAAGGCAAGGCUUUUGGGAUAAUGUUUAUUUUACUUGUCAAGUCUUGGCUCCACUUGUUGAUGUGAUAAGAUUGGUGGAUACAGAAGAGAAACCUAGUAUGGGUUAUAUUUAUGAAUCUAUGGAUAGAUCAAAAGACCAAAUUGAAAAGAAUCUUGGGAAUGACCAAUUCACCUAUGCAAAAGUAUGGCAGACAAUUGAUAUUAGAUGGAAUAAUAAAUUCCAUCACGCUUUGCACGCAGCCGGUUAUUACCUAAAUCCAAGCAUAUUUUAUAAGCAUGGUGUGACGAAGAUGGAGUCGAACAAAGAGAUAAAAGCCGGGCUCCUUGAAGCAAUACAAAAGCUCGUAGAUGAAGAUGCACUUGACAGUAUUAGCAGUGAGUUGGUACUUUACAGAUCUGCAAGUGGGUCUCUAGGAUCAACUAUGGCUGUGAGAGCUAGGGAAAAAGUCCCACCCAAUGAAUGGUGGCUUUCAUAUGGGUCUGAUGUGCCUAAUCUUCAAAUGUUUGCACUCAAGGUUUUGAGUCAAACCUGUAGCGCCUCACCUGUGAGCGUAAUUGGAGUGCCUUUGAUCAUAUACAUUCAAAGAAGAGAAACCGUUUGCUGCAAUCAAAAUUAAAUGAUCUUGUCUACAUCCAGUACAACAAAAAGCUGCAGCAACGAUUCUUUGAGAGACAGCACAAUGUUGGCAGUAAGAGUUAUGAUCCUAUUUUCUUAAGGGAAGUUGAUGAAAAUGAUGAUUGGGUAGUUCCAAAUGAUGAAGCACUUCAAGACCUUGUCAAUCAAGGUGAUAAUCUGACUUGGGAAAAAGUACGAACAGCACAACAAGCAACUGAGGCACGGACAAACACAAGGAGUCAAAACAGAAGGGGGAAUGUGAAUGCAUCACAGUCUGCGUAUAGACUACUUGAUAUUGAUUUAGAUGACCCGGAAGUGGAAGAGGAAGAACAAGUGGGGAAUCUGACUACUGAAGAUCUAUUUGGAGAAGAUCUAUUUGGGAACAUGGAGGAUGAAGACGAAAAUCACGACCUUGAACCCAAUGAAGAUUAAUAUCAGACCAACUUAUCAGAUGAUUGAAUGUUUUAUCACUUUUGCUUUAUGACACUUA